GACAUCACAGAGCUUUGUCUGCUGACUUUUCUCUGCAGAACUUUCAAGUGUUCUCCAUCGAUCGAGCGCAGCUGCUUUCAGUGCCUUCUCUGUUGGGAAGCUCUGAAAGAUUCCGAUUAUUUUCUUCUCCACACACCACUCCACCUCGCCCUUCCUUUGCUUUCUCUGUAGCGCAAGCGGACAUUUGAAAAAUUAGCAGCCUGCAUGACAGAUUCCGUAGAACCCACUCGUUAGAAUUCACCCAAAGGACUGACUUCUGUACAUUAAAUAAAUGGGGUAUGUCGCCCACAACGCGGGAUUGCUCCACCUGCACGUACCUUUGAGCAGGCAGUAUAGGAUUCGCUUCAGCGACAAUGCGCAUUCGGCGUACUUAGCACCUAAAUCUUCCAGAAGAGCCAAUUUUCCAGCAUUCUCAGCUGACGGAGUUCCCUCUCAGAAUAUAUCUUUUAGAUACGCUUUUGGUUGCAGUGAACUGUCUUCAUGUUUUCUACAGACAGUUCUCUCCCCUGUCGGGCAUGUCAGGAGCUGGAGACUUGAAGUGCGAGCCAAGGGAGACAACGGUCCAGCUCCGCAGUACAGUUCACAGGCUAAAAUCAGGAGCGAAGUUAUAUCUCCUUUCCGAACCGUCCGCAUGUUCUUCUACUUGGCUUUCAUAGCGAGUGGUUCUCUGGGCUUUCUCCUCACAAUUCCUCGUCUAAUCGGAUCGAUAGGCCACGCUGCAAACGCGGCUCCGACUGGAGACGUUCUCAAAGAUCUCGGAAUAGAUCUAGCAGCAGUGGCGGUAUUCGCCGUUCUCUACAGAUCUGACUCAAAAGCGCGUGAUGUCCAAUUAGCGAAGCUGUCCAGAGAAGAAACUCUGGGUAGUUUGAGAGUCGAGCUGGCGAACAAGAAAGUUGUAUCAUUGGAGCAGCUGAGAGGACUGUGCAGGAUCGUCAUAGUCUCCGGUACGACUGCUUACGUAGAAGAAGCUUUAAAACAAGGGGAGGAACUUAGGGAAGAGUUGCUAGAAAGGGGUGUGUUAGUGGUCCCAUAUCCUACGGAUGGAGUUCUGUCAACUUCCGAACCUGCUCCGAGCUCAACUCAACAAAGUUUCGACUCAGGAGUAGCAGUGCAAGAGCAAAGAGCUGUCACGCCUACAAGCAGAUGGAAGGCCAAUCCAAUCUACACAAAUGAAUGGGCAAGGUGGUUAAAUGAGCAGAAGAAGAUUGCUAAUGUAUCUGAAGACAAAUCUGUGUACAUUUCUUUAAGGUUAGAUGGACGUGUAAGGGGAAGUGGAGUCGGUUUACCCCCAUGGAAAGCAUUUGUGGCACAGUUACCUCCCAUGAAGGGUAUAUGGAAAGGUCCGCUGGAUGGAAUGGAUGGACGAAUAUAGAGAUCAUUCUUUCGGAAUAACCAAGUGAAUGGUUAGUUAUCAUUCUUCGCUUACCCCUAACCAUCUGAAGAGUUCUCUUUAGAAAAAAUGUUUUGAUUCAUCAUCAAAGUAUUAUAUGAAUCGUGUACAGACAGAAAAAUUUCUGUACUUUUUUGAGCACUUCCAGACCUACUUUUUACAUUAUUGUAUUCAUCUUAUACGCUGAAACCGAAAAUGUAAAAGUGUGGACUCGUUGAAGUUAGGGAACUGGAAUAUGCGAACUGAAAGUCUGAAUCAUCUGUCUGUCUCGCGCAUGUCCGCCUCUGACUUUCCAGGAUAAUCGUUGCAUAGCCUCAUAGCCACUCAUAUCAAAUGGCAACGCACACUGCCUUCUUACUGCUGCCUUCUCAGUGCUACUUAUUUCUCAGCAAUGGUGCCUCUCUCCAUGUGUCCCCGACAUCGUAUGUCACGGAGGCUCCUGGUCCCGUUCUCUUAACUUCGUCUCUACGACAGGAUGUGGGAAAAAUCUUUCUCGCUUGGUCGGCAAAAACCAGAAGAUAGAUGCCCACUAGCGCUGUUGUCCAGAUAAGUUGACCUGUGAGCAGAGUAUGCAGGCUUCGAGAAGCAAUAUAGCUUCAAGGGUCUGCAUCAGUUAAAGCCCAUGCGCCAAGUUCGUCUCUCUGGUGUCCAGUGAAUAACGCG